AUGGCGGCAAAGACACAGAACCACUCUCCUUUUUCCCGCAUCUCCCGCCUCAUCCGCAGCGGCCCGUCUUCACCACUCGCCCGCGAGCCCGACGUCGAGCCACCCACCCAAGAAGACUGGUACAUCCCGUACAACGGGCCGUACGAACCUCCCCGCGGGAUGCCUGAGAGUGUCGUGGAGAGGGACAGCUGGGGCAAUCUGGACCCGCAGGCGACGAAGAGAGAAGACCGGUACGCCCGCACGUCCCGCGAUCGCGCAAAGUCCGAUGCGGCUACUCUCGCGUCUUCGUCUGCACCUACGCCCCGCCAUCGUUCCUUCUCCACGCGCAACACCCCCAGACCGAGCGUCAACUCUAUCAUCCACGCGGGCGGCGUCGGCGAGGCCCCGGUGCCUGUGCGGGAGCCGCAGGAAGCCCAGCCGAAGCCCGAGACGACCCGCCACAGCCUGGCGAGCAUCCUCUCCUUGGGCACACGGCGGGGUCUGACGAUCAGACACUCCUCCUCAGCGGGCCAGCUCACGCGCCAGGCUGGCCCCGCAGCGGCCCUCGCGUACGCUCCCGCCGCCACCACCGCGUUCCUGCAGCCUACGCCGCGCAACCGGCUGACGAUCCGGGGCUCCAUCUCCACGCCCAACCUGCGCAAUCCCCAGACGACAUCCCAGCCGCGCUCUCCCGCUCCGCCGACGCCCAAGGGGAAACAACGCUGGCUGUCCCCGGAGACGUGGUGCGAUGCUCUGAUCCUGCCUCGCCCACGCUUCGCCAUUCGUGUAGACCCAGGCGGCGGCAGUGGCCGGAUCGUGAGCCCUCCGGACAGCCCGGUACAGCCCAAUACGAUCACGUACUAUCAGUCGCGCGCGGAGAAGGAGCCCACGACAGGAUCUUCCCAUGGGCUGGACCGCGCUGACAGCCAUGAACCGUUGUUGGCGGCGCAGAACACAAGACCGCGGGCGAGUACAGUGGAACCGAUCGCAGGGCCCUCUCGAGUGACAGUGGAGGAGCAGAGGCAAGCAGUGGGUUUUCAAGCCGCCAAGACCGAGAGCUUCGCACUGGACGAUUUGGCACUGCCCAGUCCAGCGCCCCUCACUGAUGAAGAGGGCAGGCAGCUCGAAGCCGAUCGCGAGGCAUGGCAGGCCCAAGCGACACGCUCGUUCCAGAACAAGCGUGCUAGGUCCAUGUCGCGCGCCCGCGCGAAGACGCUCAGGCGCACGUCAGCCAUGGACAUGCUCACGCAGCGCACGCUACUCGGCAACCAGUCACGCCCGCCGACGGUGAAUUCGCAGGGCUUCAGGACGUCCGAGGACCCCGGUACAGCGACAUUCACCAGCGGCGGCGUCGGGAUCAGCACGGUCACGUCGCACUCGCACGGACGUACGCGCUCGCACGCGCACUCGAACUCGGCCGGGACCGCGACGUCCUCGCAUGGGCGCACGGAGGAGUCGUUCAUGUGGACCGGCUCCGGCGCGGGCCACCAUCAACGGACGCCUUCCCUGGGCAAGUCGGCGCUCCGGCUCGUCAAGAACACGGCGUCGACAGCGGCGGGUUUCUGUGGUUUUGCGAGCGCGGAGCGGGUGUUUGAGGGCGGAAGGGAGACGGACGAGAAGGCAGGUGCCCCGGACAUGCAAGACGGCGCGCACCGGCGGCAGGACACGCGUGUGCUCAGGCUGCAGGACCAGGCGCGGCGGGACGCACAUCAGGACAACGUCGUGCUCGUCACGCCAGCAUCUCCCGAGCACGGUGUUGCGCAGACGGUUCAUAUAGGACUUGGUGGCUUGCACGGUUUGUCGCCCGUGCCGUCGAGCUCUGGCGAGAGCCCCAUUGGUAUCGCUAUCUCGACACCCACGCCCUCUGACGAGCAGGCUAGGCAGCACUAUGGGGGUCGUGAACGCCUCAGACUUCCAGCGCAUCCGUAUGCGCAGGGAGCCACAUUUCCGAUGCGUUCGUCGUCGCCAGAACCUGAGAGAUCUGAGCCGCGACUCUCAGACACGCGGCAUGAGCAGGCAGCCGGCGAUGAAGGUCUCGAGCGACAUAGGCAGCCCGUGCUCGUCCAUCCGUACGCACCUUUUGCGCAGGCGAACCAUCCGUAUGCUUCGGCCUCCCCUGCGUGGGCUAUAGAGGAGGCGCCGCAGGCCUCUAUGCAGCCCGCUGUCACUGUGGACCCUCCGACCGACGAAGGUGGGCAGAUGAUCGAGGUCCAGGCGGACACGACAAGCAGCAUGUUCGCGGAGAUCACGCCGGGUCAUAUUCGCGAGUUUCAGCCUGAACAGCUGCGUUAUUCGCCCUUCAUCAUGGUGCAUCCUGUGGAACAGAAGGCAGACGGUCUCAGUUCUGGCGCUCGGUCUCACCCGUAUGUCGCACAGUCCCGGCGCAUGAGCGAAUGGGGCUUUGCGGAUGCCUUGACGGAGACGUUGAGGGAUAGGGGCAGCGUCGACAGUGGUCUGGGGACCAGCGAAAGUUUGGAUCACCUUCGGAACACCGACAGAUCGGGUCAACGCGCGGACACUCGUCCUAUGCCUGCUGAUCUACCGCCCGUGCCGCUCGAGGACCCUUCUGAGCGGUUGCGCCCUGGCAUGCGUCGUCGAGAGGCGACGCGCUCGUCCUCGAAUCACACCUUGGCCUCGUCGCCCAUGGAUUCCGUGAACCCGCCUUCAUUCCGCGCACAGCCCACCGAAGAGCGACUCACGACUAACGGCCAAUCCUCUGGUUCGUCUCCCGGUAUGAUCUCGCACGACUCUUCGCCACCGCUGUCUCCGCGUUCAUUCAACGCGUCCGACGACCUGGAGCGCUUCCGUGAUCUAUUUUAUCAGCCUCCGCCUAGGCCGGAGACGCCUGAGGAGGCCCGUCUCGACACUUUCAGUCCACCGACACCGUCGCGGCAACCGAGUAGCGGUGUCAGCACGCGGAGUGUCAGUGGCCUGACGACCCUCGCUCGUCAGCUGGCCGAUGAUAUCGACGAACUGCGCCAGAUCUCGCGAGAUUCUAUGGAUGAUUCCGAGGCGUCGCCCAUGUGGGGAAGGCGGUUUGGUGGACUUCGUGGACAACCACACCCUGAAGCCUCGUCACCUCCCCUGCGCUUUCCGAUCGACCGGACCGCGUCGCUCGCGCAGCCUACGAUCAACGUUCCAGAGGACGUCGAGGAGUCUUCGCGGGCUUCCUCCAUUAUUCAGUAUGCUUCCUAUGAAGAGUCGGAUACGGGUCACAUGCGAGUCGGCAGCAUUGAAGCUCUGUCAACACCGGCUGCCCUCUCCAGUCCACAGCGUUCGUCCACCAUGCUCUCCUUCGAGCGUUCCAGCCAAAAUGUCGCCGUUCCGCGCAUCGAUUCUACCUACUCCAGCCUUGGUGCUCCAGUGUCUGACGCAGCACGUUCCAGUUACAUGACAUCCGGAACGGGUAUGUCCAGAAUGUCUGGGCUCUCAGACUUCCCGGUCCCUCCGACCGACGUAACACCAGAACAGUUGUCUGUGCUUAAUUCCUAUUUCGACGAUUCUCAGAGUUCUCAGCAGUUUAAUGGCUUUCUCUCUCCUCCACGUCCAGGAGGUUUGGUUCGGGAACCAAGUACCAAUACUUUCGGAGGUCAAAAUGAGAUCGGACAGGCACUUUGA